UAGCGGGAUAUAAAAAGCUCGCAUAUUGCUUUCGCUUCUACCAUCCCACAAUGUCGAUCAAACCGCAGCCCGAUUUGAUGAAUACGCAACCCGAGUCCCUGCGUGCGCAAGUCGAGUCCAUGCAUGCGCAAACCCACCGCUCUCCAGCACCAGCAGGGAAAGGAAAAGGUCCCGUGUCGUCAGGGCCAGCAGCACGAGAAACUACGAUUGCAGAGAACAAAAACCUGCGACACAUCCCCAAGGAGAUCUUUGGAGACUUACUGAAGGGCUACGAAAGUUCAACAGGGGCGCUCCGCCUUGGGGAGCACCGCCAGAAGAAUUUCGCCGUUACCUACAAGAAGCUAUCGCAAAGGUGCAAAGAUCCUCCCAAAUUUAAAGCUCGCAAACAGCGCUCUCGUCGUGGUCUGCCUGUACACGGAUCAAACGUGUCAAAGUAUACGCAAACCGACCCCACAGCACCACAAGAAGCUACACCACCAGCUCCAGUGUGCGCAUUGCCGCCACAAGCAGCAGCACCAUAUCCAAUGGCCGGAGAACAGCAACCAGUGUCAGCAGCAGCACAAGCUUCAGUGGCGGAAGAACAAAAACCCGUCUCUUCCUCGACACGUCCCAAUGGAGAUCUGUGGGCACUUACUGAAGGAUUGCGAAAAUUCAACAGAGACGCACCGCCUUGGGGAGCACCGCCAGAAGAAUUUCGCCGUUAUCUUCUAGCGGCCAUCGCAAAGGGUGAUGUGAUACUGCGAGAGGUACCUUCCAGUAAAUGUGGUCGCUAA